AUGGGUGACGCCACAUCCACCAACACCUCCGCCCAGUCCAACGGCAAAGACAACGGCAAGCUCUCCGACCUCCACCAACCAACCACCUUCAUCACCGGCCACAACUCCUCCGGUCAAGCCAUUGUCCAAUCCUACAACCCCUUCCAAUGGCGCCCCUACGACGACAACAACCUCGCCUUUGCGGUCCCCUACACUACCUCCCGCUGCCCUCCCGAUCUGAACAAUGACGCUGAUCUCAAGCUCCACCAGUCAUUGAUCUCAACCCCUGAUAAGCUCGGGUUGGUGAACCCCAAGGGCACUGUCCUCCGGUGUGUCGACUUUGCCCCGGGUUAUGCCUGCGGUAUGCAUCGCACCCAGAGCUUGGAUUAUGGCAUCGUGAUGGAAGGGGAGGUGGACAUGGUGCUGGAUAGUGGGGAGCGGUACAGCUUGAAGAGGGGAGAUGUGGCGAUCCAGCGGGCUACGCAGCAUCAGUGGGUCAAUAAAAGUGAUACCAAGUGGGCGAGGAUGAUGUUUGUAUUGCAGGAUUGUGAGCCGCUUGUUGUGGGCGGGAAGCAGAUGGGGGAGGAUUUGGGGACGAAUUCGGGGUUGCCGCCGAGUAACAAUUAG